CUUUCUGUCUGAUUGCUUUGUUAAUCAAAUUCCUUUCUCACUCUCUCUAGAGAUGGAGCAAAAAGAAAUUUUGGUCUUUGAAAUAUUGCUCCGAAUUCCGUUCCUCGACUCACAAUGCCAGUUCAGAUCUGGGUAUUGUUUCAAACCCAUUUGGGGUGACCACAGAAGAAGAUCAAACUUCGCUAAUUCUAAACCCCAAUCCCAUCCCCAAUUUCCAAUUUUGAAUCUCAAAAGGAAGAGGGAUUUUGGGUUUCGGCCAGAACUUCCUGCUAACGCUAAACCCCAUUUGGACGUGGGUUCUGAUCUUGAUGAAAAUCCAAAGCCCCACAAGAUCAAACAGCUGAAAAUAAUCCCACCCAAAAAGCUACCUAACUCCUGCUCUGUUACUCCCAUUCGGUUCUCUUUUGACGCCUUGGUUGAGGUUGCGUCUCUAGAAAUAGAAAAAUUUGACAAGUUUGCAAGAUUGAUACAAGAGAAGGCUCUCAAGAAGCCAAUCUUUAUCCAAGAAAAGGUCAAGAGUGCUGCUGUUUAAAAGAGACCAAGAUUUGGACAUGAUGAUGAUCAAGAUUAGGGUUUGGAAUUGGAAACCAAGAAACAGAGGGCAAUGGUUAUGCAAGAAAAGGUCAUGGGCUCUGCCUUUGCUAUUCAAGAUUGGGGUUUGGAGGCCAAGAAAAAGAAGCAAUGCUCGAUGCCAACCAAGAAAGCGAUUGUGGGUCCACCCCCACCACCCAUCCUGCCUCCAGAGUUCAAGGAUGUGAUCAAUACAUUGAAUGGGCGUGAUGAAUUGCUAGUGAUACAAAAAAAGCUGUUCAAGACUGACAUAACAAAGGGUAACAACCGGUUUUCAAUACCUUUGAGACAAAUAGUGAGGGAGGAUUUCUUGUCUAAGCAAGAGAAAAAGGAACUUAGAGCAUGGCAAGAAAUCCCUGCGAGACUCAUCAAUUCCAAGCUUCAAAUUUUUAAUGACGUAGUUUUGAUUCAGUGGGACAUGCCUAAGGAUACGAGAAAUACAAGUUCAACAUAUGCAUUGAAAACCGAUUGGAACAAUGUUCGGCUAUCGAAUGAUCUCAAGGAAGGUGAUUUAGUGCAACUUUGGUCAUUCCAGGUUGGCCAACAAGCUUGUGAAGACGCCUCUUCUUCUACUGCUACAAACAAAGGACAACUCUGUUUUGCCCUUGUGUUGCUUUAGAAAGCAUAAAGCUGAAGCUGUGAUUUUUAUUUAUUUAUUAUUAUUAUAAAAUUGUGUU